CUAAGCAUCCCGUAUGCCCAUCAGCUUCACAAAUACACACAUAUAUAUUUUAUAACAUUCCGAAAUUCAACUGAUCAAUGGAAUAUUUGUGGUGGGAUAGAGAUCCACGUCUUUUGAAGAAAGUGCGUGUGGGGUUAACUGAGAGACGCAUGGCUUUUUCGUUUCUGCCUAGAAUCUACAUUUAGUUUUAUAUGUAAGGCCAAAAAGUCAACGAGUUUGGCUCCCUCUCUUUAUCUCUACUUAUAAAUUGAAGGGCCAAUCACAUUUAUAUUUGUCCUAAAAAAACUAAAAACAAACCAAUCUCUCUCGCUCUCUCUCUAGCAUAGCUAAAGAAGAGAUUUAGAGAGAAAAACUUUUGAUUGUCUGCGAGAUUUGUUAGGGAUGGAAAAGGGAAACAAAGAAAGUAAGAAAUGGGCACAAGAGGAGGUUAGUAAUGAAAUAAACAAUAGGGAAUUGGCUGAAGAAGAAAGUGUUGAUUGGAGAGGAAGACCUUCCAACCCUAGCAAGCAUGGUGGAAUGAGAGCUGCUCUCUUUGUUCUUGGAUUACAAGCCUUUGAAAUAAUGGGGAUAGCAGCAGUAGGGAACAACCUCAUAACAUAUGUGAUCAACGAAAUGCAUUUCCCCUUGUCUAAAGCGGCCAAUAGUGUCACCAACUUUGUUGGUACCAUCUUUAUAUUUUCUCUCCUCGGUGGUUACCUCUCCGACGCUUUCCUCGGCAGCUUCUGGACCAUCCUCAUCUUUGGCUUCGUCGAGCUUUCUGGUUUUAUACUACUAUCAGUCCAAGCACAUUUAUCUCAACUGAAGCCACCAAAGUGUAACCCACUGAUAAACCAGAGCUCAUGUGAAGAGGCAAAAGGUUUCAAGGCAAUAAUUUUCUUCACGGCACUCUACCUGGUGGCUUUAGGAAGUGGCUGUGUGAAACCAAACAUGAUAGCUCAUGGUGCGGACCAGUUCUCUCAUCAAUCGCAUCCUAAACAAUCUAAAAGACUCUCAUCUUACUUCAACGCCGCAUAUUUCGCCUUCUCCAUUGGGGAGCUUAUCGCACUCAGUCUCCUGGUUUGGAUUCAAACUCAUUCUGGCAUGGACGUUGGAUUUGGAGUCUCUGCUGCAGCCAUGACUAUGGGCCUCAUUAGCUUAGUAUCCGGUACAAUGUAUUUUCGUAACAAACGUCCACGUCGAAGCAUCUUCACUCCUAUUGCCCAAGUUGUUGUGGCUGCCAUACUAAAAAGAAAGCUUGCGUCUCCCGCUGACCCAAAAAUGCUUAAUGGAGGCCAUCGUGUACCAAACGACGUCGUAGAUUCCUCCACUUUACCAUACACUCCUCGCCUCAGGUUCUUGGACAAGGCAUGCACCAAAAUCCAAGACACAAAUACAAAGGAAAGUCCAUGGAGGCUUUGCACGGUAAACCAAGUAGAGCAGGUCAAAACCCUAAUUUCACUUGUCCCAGUCUUCGCAAGCACCAUCGUCUUUAACACCAUCUUAGCUCAGCUUCAAACAUUUUCGGUACAACAAGGAAGUUCCAUGAACACUCGUCUGUCAAAUUCCUUCCACAUUCCUCCGGCUUCACUCCAAGCAAUCCCUUACAUAAUGCUCAUCUUCCUUGUCCCUCUCUAUGACUCUCUGUUCGUUCCUUUUGCGCGUAAGCUGACGGGACAUAGCUCAGGCAUUCCUCCAUUGACUCGGAUAGGAGUUGGACUGUUCCUCUCCACUUUCUCCAUGGUUUCAGCUGCCUUGCUUGAAAAGAAACGAAGAGACUCUUCGGUUCUUGACGGCAGAAUCUUGAGUAUCUUCUGGAUCACGCCACAGUUCUUGAUCUUUGGGAUCUCCGAGAUGUUUACUGCCGUUGGAUUAAUCGAGUUCUUUUACAAACAAACUAUAAUGGGCAUGGAGUCAUUCUUGAUGUCUUUGACUUACUGUUCGUAUUCCUUUGGUUUUUACUUUAGCUCGCUGCUCGUUUCGAUCGUAAAUAAGAUUACUUCCACGUCUGCUGACUCCAAAGGGUGGCUCAGGGAGAACGAUCUGAACAAGGACAGACUCGAUCUGUUUUAUUGGCUUUUAGCGGUUCUUAGUCUACUGAACUUUAUUAGCUAUCUCUUUUGGUCUCGUUGGAACAUUAAGUCUUUGAGAAACAACAACUCUAAUGUGGUGGGAGAUGAGAAAAUUUAGCUUAAUGCAUAAUGUGUAGUGCAAUACAUAUCAUAUCACCUUAACAUAUCCAGCAUAUAAUUAAUAUGAAUACAUUAUUAUGUUAAUCCUUUGCUUUUGUAGUCCACCUCUCUCCUUGUACUCUUUUUUUCUAGAAGCUGAAUAUGACAUUGCCUCCUCUUUGUUUUCCAUAACAUGUUUUAUACAUGUUAGAUUAUUAUGUUAAAUAGAAAUCCAAAACAACUUUUAGGAUUAAAGUUAUUCAUAUUUAAUUAAAUCGAGUUUGGUAACACCAUAUAAGUGCUUAAAAUUAGUCGUUAACAUGAUUUUUUUACCGAAAGGUAGAAGAUCAUAUUUAAAAUUUACACUGUUACUCUUAUGAAUGCCGUUAAAAAAACAACCUCUUAUGAAUAAAUAAGAAAUUAGAAAAGCAGGAUAUAUCUAUUUUCUCUCACUGACAUCUCUAUAUGUAUGAUAUAUAUAAUAUAUAUAUUAACACAACAUAUAAAUUUCAUGUUAUAUGAAUACAUUUAUGAGCAAAUUAUUAAAAUAUAUUCGUAUUAUUAUUUCGUGACUAAUAUGUAUAUACAAAAGGUAUAUAUAAAAAAUAUGUUUGGUGGUUUCAUGUGAUAUUUGGUCUUGUUCCAAAGCAAAUUAACUUUUUAAUAUAGUUUCUGUUAGCAAGCUUUGAAUUGCAUAUAAUGAGGAUGUGUGCUCGGAUGUUCAGUCUAGGGUCUUGGAACUUCGAAUGGCCAUAUAUAGACAUCAAACUAAUUACAGCUCAUCAAACUAGAUAGUCGGUGCAAGGGAGAAAGUGAUUAAAAAUUGUAUAUAUUCAUUAGGCUACCAGCCAUUAAGUCUCAUUUGCAGUGGCGGACUUACAGAGGAAGAUGAGGUUGCACCUGACACUCCUUAAAUCUCAAUAAAAAUAAGUUUGGUUGAUAAAACGUUAAGAAAUAGGUAGUUCUGUUGGUAAAAUGCUCUCACUGACACUUCUAAACCAAGGUUCAAAAUUCAUUGGUGACAUUUUUUAUUUAUAUUUUUCAUUUUAAAUAUAAAUUUGACCCAGGUAAAAUUUAUCCUUGGGUCCGCCACUGCUCAUUUGUGCGAUUCGUGUGAUAUGAUGUAAACAUUUGUGGGUUAAUUCCGACAAAGCCACCAUUUCUACUCCUAAACUCCGUUUUAUUUUGAAGCUCUGUGUUUUUACAAACUUGAUUUCCACUUGUUUUUGGUAAACUGUUCUUUACUGAUAGAUAAAAUUUACAGUUUAACAACUAUGCCCAUUUGUAUUUUAUGUUUGUUUAACAAAUUACAUAUAUUUAUAUCGCUGUAUAUAUAAUUGAAUAUAUCUUGUAUUUUUUAUUUUUUAUGAAAGCCAAAAUAAUUCGACCGUAAGACUAUCUUUUACUCUCAUUAAUUUUCAGACUGUAUGACCAUACAAGUCGACCUAGCCUAAAGGCUAAGCAAAUCUAGGAAUCUAAUUUUUCUCCAUUCUAGGUAACCAAACUUAUUAAAGUUUUAACUGGACUAAAUUUGUAUGGGAAUGGUAUAAGGAUAAAAAUACAUCGAAUGUUUAACACUAAAAUAUUACGGAAUCAUUGUCACAGUACACAAACAGGAAACACAACACCAACAUUUUCUUUCCCACAAAAGUAAUCUCCGUAAUUAAAAAAAAAAAAAAAAAAAGAGGAUCACGAUGAAAAGUGAUGGAUUUGUCAUUUGUCUUCAAUGAUGUUCUCAAUUUGGACACAAUCUAAUAGUAGGAAACAUGUCUGAAACAUGUUUUGUGUUAAAGAUUGGCUCCUCCUCCCUUUAGACACUAUGUAACAAUAGUUUCUCUAUAUUAAACGGUACUUUACUCAGUAGUGGUUAAAAUGUUUCAUCAAGUUGUUUCCCAUUUUUAUGGCAUUGGUACAAUCUUCCACUCAAUAAAGUUCUUCAACUAUGGAGUUAUUACAAGAAGUGGGUUUCAUAAUUUGAGAUGCCUUUCUACAAUUUUCCUGCCGCUCUUGAGUUUGUGAAGUGCGAAUUUUAUUAUUUGUAUAGUAAUAUUUUCUUUACGAGCGAAUUUAACAGUGAAUAUCCCAUCUUUAAAGUAUGUCUAUAAGAACAUAGAGACAUCAAAUCUUCUGGAACCCUAAUGAAUCAUAUUUUUAUUUACGGGAUUAUGAUAUUCUCCAAUAAAAUGUACAGUUAAAUGAAAAAAGAAGAAGUUAUUUUAAUGAAUUAAUCCCAAAGUAACUCCAUAUAUCAUAUAUUGCCCGUAUAUGGAGUGUUACUAAUCUAAUAUUUCUAAUUGUUUACCACGCGUUUGAUGUUUAUAUGUACAUAAUUAAAGAAAAUUUUAUACAAUCUUCAUUUUUUCUUCUACGAUUAAGAUGUUUAGUGAAUCUGUGAUGCUCAUUUAGCAACUUGCAAUAGUCCUUAGCCUUCAGUAUGUUGUUUGAUUGGAUUUUACAUAAUAGUGAUAAUACAUUGGAACAUGAUACUUUGACUUAUCACUAAUAUCAACGAUAAAUUCUUGUGCUGACUCCAAAAGGUAAUGAUGAUUAUGAUUGCUGAUUUUUAUGUAUUUACAUAUGUCGACUGUACGCACUACAAUAAAGCAGCUGAUUUGCCAAGGUAAAAUUUAUAAGGGAAGUAGUAUUCCACGCAAAUUCGUGAAAGAUCUCUAAGAAAAUUACAAGUAAAACAUGACCCAUGGCACCUCCCUUGAAUGGAAUCGUCAGGAGAGUUCCAGAAAAAUAUCAAGAGAAUUUUUUUUUUUAAAACGUUACAUUCUGUUUUUUUUGUUUAAACGGAAUGGUCAUAAAGUCAAAUAUAAGUUUAUUUGGGCCGUAAUACAUGCAAACCCAACUUUAACCCAGAAGCUCAUUUGUGUAGAAUUUUUUUUUCACUAUCAAUUAAAAAGCUUAGUUAUGUUGAAAGUUUAUAGGUUAGAUUUAAGAAUUUAACAAAGUAAUAUAAUUAAAAUUACUAAAACCAGAUAAAUUACAUAACAAAUACUAAGAAUAAAAUUUUGUAAAUUUUGAACUCAUAAACAAUUUCUAUGAGUACAAAUAUGUAUAUUUUAAAACAUAAAAAGUCAACAAAAUUGUUAAUAGAUUAGAUUAUCUUAUACAAAAUACAUAAUCUUAUAAUAAACAAAAUUUGACAGAAAUUUUGAAAAGAAAUAAAUCUCGCGCUUUGAAAGCACAUGUCAAAAUCUAAUAUACUAUAUAAAUCUAUGUCAACAUCACUAAAUUUUAAUUAUAUACCAUAUAAAGUGAAUAAAAUAUUUGUUUUGAUUUAUUUACCAGAAACAUGACCGUAAAUAAAUGAAAUGUCUUGGUUUUGAUUUAUGUGCUUACGCUAAUGUAUAUAUUUUUAUCGAUACAAAAUAUUUUUUAAAUAGGUCGUUUUUAAUAUGUUAUUUGAUCCUCAUAAUCCCAGAGAUACAAUUUUUUCAAAUCGAAAUGAUUUUUAAUAUUGGAAGCAUUAUAUAUAUUAUUUAAUUCAGAUUAAAUAUUUUAGUCUUGAUUUUUAUUCCUAAAAAGUUUUUAGUAAAAAAUCAUGACAAGAUUCCAAUCACCUCUUUUUGAGUUUGUUCGAAGAAUGAGAGAUUUAAUUGUUCUUCUCAUUUUUGUUUCUCCCUAAUACCUUAUCUAGCUGUUAUAGUUGUAAAAAUGAGAGAUUUGAACUAUUUAUUAUAAGUUUUCUGGUUUAUCAUUUAAUAAAUCAAACAGCUCUGAAGCCAAUCACAUUGAGUUGUAGAUUGACAUAGUUAACCUUCAGUGCACUUAUAUAUAAUAUAUAGUUAGAGUUGAAGUCUUAGUUUAUACAUAGUUUACAUAUACUAGAAUGGUAAAGUAUUAUAUAUAUAUAUAUAUAUAUAUAUAUAUAUUAUCGGUAUACUCUUAGGUAACUAAACCUCAAAAGUGUAGAUUAAUAAAAUAAGUAAUUUGUUUUAUUGUUCAAAAAAUAGAUAAUUUUUUAGACCGAACUGGUGAAUAUAUACUAGACAUACAUUUAUAUUUUGAGUCUGCACUUAUAUUUGAUAACAGCUUGAUAUAUUAAAUUUGAAAACUAAACUCUGAAUAGAGUUUGCCGGUAAUUUUCUUCAACAUUUUAAUUCUUAGAUAUGUAUCUGGAGUGGAACUAACUUUUACAGGUUUCCAUCUUCUUAAAUUGACACUUAUGUAAUUCACCGAAUUCAUAUAAGAAAUUUAAAAAGAAAUAAAAUCAUAUCACUGACACAGAAAUGAGAACGAAAGCCGAUUUUAUAGGGUAGAAAAUGAAAUCACUUAUUCGGAGUCAAUAGUAAACAAAUCAAUAGCAGAAAACGUAAUCUUCUUUUGUCAUUUUAAAAUUGAUGUUGCCUAUCUUGUUUUUGUGAUUUGUGUUGAUCGUACAAUUUAAUUUUAGUUUGUGCAUAUGAAGUCUUAAAAAUAACUAAAAUGAAUUUUAAUACGUUAAAUUUUCAACGACGAUGAUAUAUGUAAGAGACCAACAUUUGUAUUCAUCAUUUUAUAAUCGAUAAAAUUUGUAGUGUUGGAAAAUGUUAAAAUCAUUUAAUGGAUAAACAUUAGUAUAAAUAAUUCGGUCGUUAUCAUCUAGUUUGUUAUAGUAAAGAAGAAAAAAGAGAGACUGAUGUGUUUUAUUCUAUGAGUAAUGAGUAUUUUAUAUAGGAUUACAAUAGUUUGGAAACAAAGUCUAACUUGAAAAAUAAGUAAAGCUUCGAGAACAAGUACAUCUAAGACUCGUUAUAAAUUUAUAAUAUGCAUCACCACAAUAUUCAUAACACUUCCCUUUAAUGUAUAUUAUGCGCGUGAGAUGUUGCCUCGUUAAAAACCUAACCAAAAAAAUCAAAUGGAGAAAACCUUAAAUAAAUUAUUAUUAAUUAUUUAUCUAACCAUAAUUCAAUAAAUAAUAAAACAGGGGGAAAGUGUCUUUUCGAUCCCUAUUAUUCUUGUCGUGCCUUUUUAUACCCAAACAAAAAUACUGACUGUUAAUAAAUUUUAGGUAAAAAUUAAAGAUGCCAUCUUAUGUGUAAUAAAAAAAAUCCUCUAAAACGUCAAACAUACAAAAUGGAGGAAGGAUUAUAUAUAAUUAUGAUAAAUCAAAAUAUAAAUAUAAUCAAAAUUAUUUUUGUGUAUGUCUUUUGGUUUUAAUAGGUGACCUUCUAGAACUGUUCAUACAAAAAAAAAUUAUUUUUAUUUUUUAUACAAAAUAUCAUUGAUUCUUUGUCUAACUACAACUCG